AUGGCCUCCCGACUCUUCGCUCGUGCCGCACUUCCUGCUGCUCGCCGUGUCGCUCCGUCUGCGCCUCGUGUGGCGCGCCGCCGCAUGGCCACCUCGCACGGUGAGAGCGGCAGCAGUGACACCGUUUGGAUGAUUGGCUCUGCUGCUAUCUUUGGUCCUUUGAUCGCCUACCUCGUCAUGGGCUCCUCGAAGGACGUUGCUCAUGCGAAGCCUCACAACGCAGCCGACGACCCUCAUCGGGUACCCAAAAAGGGCGACGUUCCCGCUCCUGAAAUUCCUGAGCCUAAGAACCAGGGCAUGACCGACAGCGAGGGUACGACUGCGACGCCUAAGGAGAUUGCAUCGUCCAUCUCCAAGGCCACUAACGAGGACUCACCCCGUGACGCCCUCAAGGCCGAGGCUUCCGGCAAGGGCGAAGCUGCUGACACUUCCUCGCCUCUUACGCCCGACGUGGACCCUACAUCAGAGGGUGCGCCUGAGGCGAAGGUUGAGAAGCGCGAGCCCAAGAAGGGCACCUUCCAGAGCAGCGAUGACGAGAAGGCGCGUCCUACUGACAUGGGCGACGCCCGUGCCGCUGCUCGUCAGACCGCUCAGGGUCAGGAGAAGGGUAACCCCAAGGAGACCCAGGCCCCGAAGAAGGCAAAAGAGGAGGACAAGCCGAAGGAUGGGGAUGAGAAGGAGGAGGAGAAGGAUGAGUAG